GGGUUCGAUUCCCAGGGAGACCUAAAGAAUGACAGUUUUUUUGGCUUUCUUCUUUUCUUUUUUUUUUCUUUUUCCUUCUUCGUCCUAUCCUAUCACGAUUGCUUUGCCUUUAAGUACGCUGAUUAUGUAAUACUAUGAUACCCUAUGGUCCCUACCUUAUGUAGGGUAGGUAGUAGGUACAGUACAUUCCAUUUCAGUGCCAACCUUAAUCCCCACAAAGUCGUCGUAUGUAAACAGCGUGACUUGCUCUUUCCGAGGUCGUGAGCAACGUGAUUUAUUAUUUAUUAUCUCAUGUUUCAUAUGUAUCUGACUCAACAUACUACAACUACUAUCAUCUACUGUCUUUUCUCUCACUUAUAAAGUAUCUUACCAAGUAUCACAUUCAAAGCAUUGCAGGUUUCACUUAAUUCUCCUCAAAAACAUGCAGCAUGGCUUUACAUUCUGCAAGUAUGGCCAGUAAACUUAUCUUUGCACCGGCCGGCCAGGAGGCCCAUGGACAGGCGGGCCAGUUUACCAAGGGUGUAUUGACUCGAUCAGAUCUUGACCAGACUUCACCUAUACGCCAAUUCCAUAAUUGGUUCGCUACAGCUCAACAGUCAAGCCUCAUACCGCAUCCAGAGACAUGCUGCCUUUCCACUGCAUCGCUCCCCUCAGGCCGUGUAUCCUCCCGUAUAGUCUACCUGAAGGAGUUAGAUGCUGAAGGUUUUGUCAUAUACAGCAAUUUUGGAACGAGCAAGAAGGCCAUGGACCUUGCCACUAACUCAUGGGCUAGUCUGACCUUCUGGUGGGAAAAUCUCGAACGACAAGUGAGGGUUGAAGGCCAAGCAACUAGGCUGACCCGUGAAGAGAGUCAGAAGUACUUUGAUACGAGAGUCCGUGGUAGCCGGAUCGGUGCUUGGUCAAGUCGCCAGAGUCAGGUCCUGUCCCCGACAAAAGGGGACGCUGAUAGGGACGGAGAUGACGAUGGGCGAAAGCAGCUCGAUAAGUGGGUAGAGGAGACUGAGAAACGUUUCGACGGGGUAGAAAAUAUUCCAGUUCCAGACUUCUGGGGCGGCUUAAGAAUAGUACCCGAAUCCGUCGAAUUCUGGCAAGGUCGGCAAAAUCGACUACACGAUCGCUUUGUAUACGAGAAGAAAAAUACCACGGAAAAUGUACAAGAAUGGUCUCUCGAGAGGCUUAGCCCAUAGGCUCUGGUUUCCCGCACCCACAUACGCACCCACAUACACACACAGCUUGCCAUCAGGGCUCAACGUAGGUCACUAGUGUACAUAAUCUUCAAGAUCAUUUAAUCCUUGCUGAGAUUCAUCAACUAUACAACUAUAUCGCUAAUAAUCAAAUUUGAUUAUUACUCAUCAUAAUACCUACCUACCUAGGUAGACAAAUUCAUACCUCAUGAUUAAGCCAACGACGCCUCUUUAUACUGAAGCCCUGGAAUACUAAAGUUUCCAAGCCCCUCCUUGAGGCGCAAGUCGCAGACGGGAUAGAAUACUACCUACGUAACCAAUCCCAACCCUGGGACCCUCGCCCUGCCCUUUCAUUAUUAGCAUUACUACGCCAUAGUGUCAUUGUCUCUCUCGUAACCACAUGCACCACCUAUCUAGGUUAGAUAUCUACGAUGCCUCGAAGUCGACCGUUGAUGAUAAUAGGAGGUUAAUUACAGAAAUGCAUUCCAGCCUAUUGAGACACAUUAUGCCAUUUCUGAGACAGUUCACGGAAGCAGCUAAUAGACUUACCUCUUAAGGGCCACUUUCAAGGGCCGGGGACUUAUCUACCUAAGUUCACUGUCCGCAUCAUAAUACAUAUCAGCUCAGUAAGUAGCUAUAUCUCAGAUAUACCGCGGA